UUCUACAUCAUCAAGAAAGCAUUCAAUUCAAUCGAUACAUAUCCUUCCUCUAGUGUAUCAUAGGGACAACCUAUUUGCAUCAAUCAACAUCAUUUAAGUCUUCCAAUUGGUCCUGCCGCCAGUCGCGAAAAAUCACGUCGACGCGAACUCGCGCCAACAAAUCAACACCGCGCAAGUCUUAUGCACCUAUUAUUUCGAAUCCGAGCAAAUCAUCGUCCCCGCUAUUCCCUAUUUUAACAUAAUUCCAUUUGCGAUCGGAUUCCCAUUUUCUGGCAAAGAGAUCACAAGUAUGGAGGUCGUCACAGGCUAUUGCAAGAAGUGUGACUUCGAGGUUGGACGUUUCAGAAACUCUUGGAAUCAAAUGGGAAAGACCUAUUACAGUCCUACAUAUCCUCCUCUCUCUACUGAUGGCAUGGAAACCAGAGGUGAUGCCUUCGAAGGCGCAAAUGAUUCUCAAGCUGCAGACAGUAUGCUUCGAGAUAUAGGGUGCGAGAAAUGCGGUGCGAUCAUCGGAAUUCGUUGCGAGAAAGCACCAGAAGGCCACCUCCUUAACAAGAAUCAAUUGAUCUUAAGACUUUGCGAGAUGUCUGUCCUUUCCGAAGCUUCAGGAAAGAAGGCAAAGAUAUCCGUAUUGAAUUCCUAUUCCCUUGUCCUUGGUCCUGGUCACCAAAAAGUAGCCAGAGCCAAGGUUUUGCCGCCCCUCCCAUCUACUCGACCUGCAACGCGUGCUGGAUCUCUCCAAACUCCAGAAACUACUGAAGCACCCGUUCAACCUUCCGCUGGUGUUGAAACCAUAUUUGAUGUGGUCAAAUUCAAGACCUGGGCAGAAAAUGCUAUCAAUAAACAGCAAAAGGACAUUGACCGUUUAUCUGGAACACUGGAGAACAUUGACAGAGACAUGACUACUUUCAAAGAAUUUAUGGAAGAGAUGCGAGCAGACCGAGUAAAGAUUGACCGGAUCACGUCUUCCGAGGGCGACAAGGCGACACAACUUGCGUCUCUUCGAGAAGAAUUGAACGCACUGCGCCAACAGAUCAAUCAGAAUGGUGGUCUCGUUUCCCAAACUAGUCAUGACAUUUCGACUAGAAAGAUCGAUGUCGUGAUCAAGGAUAUCCAAAGAAUCACUCGAAAGGCUGACGAAGUUGAUUUCAUGAAGGAGGCAAUUGCGGCUAUGAAGUCGAAGAUUGAGUCCCUCGAGGCCAGCGGUAGCUCUGUGAAGGUGGAGUCAUUGAAGGAUGAAAUGGCAGUGCUCAGAUCAAAGACUGAAUCGCUCGAAGCCAAAGAGCGAUCCAAGGCUUUCAGCAGCUCAGUUGAACUUGAUUCCUUGAAGCUGGGAAUUGCUUCCAUGAACUCCAAGAUCGAGAACAUAGGAAAGACUAGUGAGGUUGAUUUAUUGAAGAAGGAAAUGGCGGUAGUGAGAACGAAGGUUGAGUCUCUCGAACUUACGGAGCAGUCCAAGGCUAUCAGGAGCUUUGCCGAGGUUGAUACCUUGAAGAGAGAUGUGGCUGCAAUCAACUCAAGACUUGAAGUCACACGAAGGAGUAAUGAGGUUGAUUCUUUGAAGGAGGACAUAGCGACAAUAAAAUCAAAGAUCGAAUCCCUCGAAGCUAUGGCGCGGUCCACGGCUCCCAGCGGAUCCGAUAAGCAAAGGUCCAACUUACCUACCACGGAUAAGCGCAAGCAUGAUGAUCACAAUGAUGGUUAUACCAUCCGAGAGGUCCCCACGAUAGGCCGAUCUACCUCAAAACGAAGAAAGAUCUCUAGUGCUGCACUCCCUUCGAGCAAUCGCAACAGAGGGACUGAAGCUAUUCCAACGCCUUAUCAAAACUUCGAUGAACAAUCUAUAGUGAUGGCUUCCUCUUCGGAUCACUCUUUCUCGUCGCCGAUACCUGACCAAGAACGCGAGAACAGAACCUGGGAUGGGUUUGACGAUUCAUCUAUGGGCAACGCCCCUGACCCAUCCACGCCCCUGGCAAUGACAGCCGAUCUCAUGUCAAAACCUACAGCAGCUUCGAAACUUGUCAUUGAGAUCAACAAUUCGAUGCAGCCUCCAAUGAUGAUGCCGUUACGAAAUGGCACGAUCUUCGAUGCUUCAACUAGGAAUGAGCUCCUGGAAGUAUCACAUAUUGAAGCUGCAACAGGCAAGAAGAGGGAUGUCAAUGGUCGGUGGACUUCAACACCCAGGAAGACCCCCAAACGUUCCCAAGGAAACCGAAAGGGGCGCCGAACUGGCGUGAAUGAAGUCUUUGCCAAUGGUCUCAUCGGCAAUGCAAGCACUAGCGAGAUUGAGCAGGGCAGCACACGUACACUGCGGCCCAGGAAAGCCCCGAACAGAAUCCAGCCGAUGGCUUCCAUCGAAGUUGAUACGUGUGAUGGCCAUUCAGAUGAUCGUCCUUGGCAGCCUGAUCCUGAUGCCAACGUGGAGGACGAAGAGUACGAGGAGAUUCAAGAUGAGAAUAAGGAGAACAGGACUGCCACAAACAGAUCUGGUCCAAAUAGGCAGGUGAUCAAGAGGGAUGAGACACCCAACACAGACGUCAAGCCUGUCAUAUUCUCUUCCAUGUCUGCUUUCUCCCGUGCGGAGAGAGAGCAUACUGUACCUCCAAUUCAAAUCGAUGGAGUGUUAGACAGACUGGCCAUGCCCAGUUAUUUCCAAUGCGGUACCUGUCUGAAUGGAUUUCGCACCUUGCAGUCCCUGGACUACCACCAAGAGCACAGCAAAAGCUGCAAGAAAAGUCCUUCGGAUGUGAUACCUGAAGGAUUCAAAUGUGGACUCUGUUCGAAACUGUUCAAGUCAUUCACUGGCAUCAAGGAUCACCUCGAUAAGAAGCGCUGCAGCUUGACUGCAGCCGAGCGAGCUUCAACUCCAAGCCAGUCUCGAGCUGGGACCCCAAGGCCGUCCUUGAAAUGUGAGAGAUGCGGAAAGAAGUGGAAGAAUGAAGCACAACUCAUGAGUCAUACAUGCGUCCCGAAGAGCGAGAAGAAACGCCAAAGCUUAUUGGAGCAGGCAGUGACAGCUGCUGCGAAUGAAGCAGCAGAGAAGGCGGAUUCAGAAGUGACAGCGACAGCGACAGGAGAGCAGGAAGCAACCCAUGAAGCAACAGGAGGGGCAGUAACAGGAGGGGCAGUACCAGAAGCUGGCCAGGAUGCCAUUCUGGCUGAUCAAGAACGCUUGAUGGGAGAAGCACUGGAGGGUGAAGCGAGUCUCUUCGUGCAGUGAUCGACUGUACGUCUGGUAUCAUCAAAUGGGUUGUUGACCCGAAAUCAGGUCUCUAGUCUC